CGUGACACAUAAAAACCAGGACUGAGAUGGCGGUCGGUAAGCUGACCUUCACCAAGGCGGAGAGAGAGAAGCUAGCUGAGGUCCUCUGGCUGCUCAACUGGAUCUCCGUGCUGACGGGAGCGAUCCUCUUUGGCAUGGGCUUAUUCCUCAAAGUAGAGAUUCAGAAAUGGCAGGAAGUGAUGUCAGAGCAAGGAAUCCUCUACGUGCCACAUAUGCUGAUCACCACGGGCCUGGCGGCCUGCUGCAUCAACUUCCUGGGUGCGAAGAUCUGCCUGGACUGCACCGACACCAACAAGUUCCUGCGCUGGAAACUGGUGAUGAUGCCGUACAUCAUCUGUACCUUCUUCUUCACUUCCUGCGUCCUGGCGGGGGCGCUCAUGUGCUACAGCAUCCGCAGUCAGCUGGAGGAGUCGCUGUUCCUGGGCCUGAGGAACGCCAUGAGGUACUACAAGGACACGGACACGCCGGGUCGCUGCUACCUGAAGAAGACUUUGGACUUGCUGCAGAUCCAGUUCCAGUGCUGUGGGAACACUGGGUACCGGGACUGGCUCCAAGUCCAGUGGAUCAGCACCCGCUACCUGGACAUGACCAGCAGCAGCGUGGUGGACCGUCUAAGGAGUAACGUAGGGGGGAAGUACCUGAUGGACGGCGUUCCCUUCAGCUGCUGCAGCACCUUGUCCCCACGGCCCUGCAUCCAGCAGCAGGUCAGCGACAGACGGGCCCAUUUUAACUUUGACCAGCAGAGCCAGCAGCUGAACCUGUGGAGGAGAGGCUGCCGACAGGCCCUGAUGGACCACUACACCAGCAUCAUGGGCUCCAUCGGCUUCACCGUGCUCCUCAUCUGGCUGUUUGAGCUGCUGGUUCUGACGGGAGUCCGUUACCUGCAGACGGCCAUGGAGAACGUUCUCCUGCUGGGUGAUCCAGACUCAGAGUCUGAUGGUUGGAUUCUGGAGAACAGCCUGGCAGAAACGGCCCGGUCCAACUUUAACAUCAUCAAGAACAUGGGGAAGUGUUACCAGGUCGACGACGACCCGAACAUCUACACGCCGCCCGCCGCCGCUGAGCGAGAGGUGCCAUCCCAGGUCCAGAUCCAUAGGACCAGCUAGCAGCUAGCUUGAGGAGUCAAAGACCUUCUGAAAGACCAGGACGAGCCGGAACACCUCAGGUUUCAAAACCUCCAGUUGAUGCUUCCUGAACUCAGGAACCCAGUUCCAGCUCCAGGAUGCUCUGAGGUGGAUCCGUCCUCUGGUCCUCGUUUAUUCAGUAUGUUAGCUUCCUGAGGAGCUGAAGAAAAGCAUCACCGAUGCCUUCCAAACAUUGCGUUUGGAAAAAUGUUCAGCUGAUGCUAGGAUGUCUGCCUUCAGAUGGAAGGAAGAACUUACGAGUGUGAAGAAGCUUUAUAAGGUUUUUAAAAACAUCCUUUGGACUGCUGGUGUUAGCAUGUUAGCCAUGUUACAUCAGAGAUAUAAAAUAGUAGAUGUGACAUGUUCUAAUGACUUGUCAUUCCAGGAUGGGACCAUGCGGCGGCCAUCUCACCUGGCUACAGUCUUAAAACUUCAAGAAGAGGAAAACAUGCACAUUCUCAAAAUUGUUUGUGGUGCUGGGAGUAGAUCCCCUCCAAUAUGUACUUUUUCAAAAAAAUGACUUGCUCCCGCACACACUUUCUUCUGCUUUAUUAGU